CGCCAUCACUUGUCAAUUUUUGAGGUUAUGUUUGGAACUGAACUGGAAUUACUAAAUAUUUCACCCGUUUAAGAAUUUUCCAUAGAUAAGCAACCAAAUGUCAAACUUGGAAUAUGAGUGUUCCUCGAAAAAUGCACACACUUGCGAAACCUGCCCCUACUCCACCACAUCCUUUAUUCUUUUGGAAAACCACCUCGGGCAACACCGUUCACGAAUAAAACUUUUCAACUGUGAGAACACCCACAUUGAAAGUUACUUCUGUAAGAACUGUGACUUCCAAACAGAACUGACCCUUCUUUUAAAAAAACACAUAGAUCAAAAUCAUAGCUGUAAAAACGAGAACACACAAGACUGCAGCAUCCGAAGCUAUGUUUGUAAAGGGUGCAACUUUGAAACAAAUUUCUCAAUGAAGUACUUUCAGCAUAUGUCAAUUUGUACAAAAGAUGGUGAAAAUCCUCAAAUGUAUUCAGUUAAGGAGAGUGGAAAAAAUGUCGCUAAAUAUAGUUGUGAUCAAUGCGAGUGCGCCUACAAACACAAAAAAUCGCUAAGGAGACACAAAAUGUUCAAACACUUGAAUAACGACGAAAUACAGUGGCAUUUUUGUCCAAAUUGCACCUACAAAGAUAAGCAAAAAAGUAAUUUAAAAAAGCAUAUAAAUGCAAGGCAUUUGGAAGAACAGUUUGUGGAGUGGUACGAAUGCACUAAGUGCCCCUACAAAUCCAAACACCCAUCAAAUUUAAGAAGCCACAUAAUUUUCUGGCACAUGGAAGAACAGAACAAUAAAUGGUACGAAUGCAAUCAAUGUCCAUACAAAGCUAGAUUCAGCGCCCAUUUAAAACGUCACAUAAUAGCCCACCAUUUAGAUGAACAAGACAUCAAGUGGUACGAAUGCGAAAAGUGCCCCUACAAAGCCAAAACCAACGUCAACUUAAAAAAACACAUCAUCGCCCGACAUUUAGACGAGCAAGACAUUAAAUGGUACGAAUGUGAAAAGUGCCCCUACCGAACCAAAGAAAAAGGACACUUACGACGUCACAUAAACGCGCGGCAUUUAGACGAGCGAGAUGUUAAGUGGUACGAGUGCGAGCAGUGUCCGUAUAAAACUAAACACACGUCGAAUUUAAAAACCCACAUAAAAACGCACCAUUUACAGGACAUUGAGUGGUAUAAAUGCGACAAAUGCUCCUAUAAAUCUAAACAAAAAGUCAAUUUGAAAGAUCACGUAAAUGCGCGCCAUUUGGAUGAAAAGGAGGUGGAAUGGAAGAGGUGUAGUAAGUGUCCAUUUAAAACUAAAUUUACGUCGUCGUUGAAAAAUCACGUGAAUGUGCGACAUUUGGUUGGGGACGAUAUUAAAUGGUAUGAGUGCAAAAAGUGUUCGUUUAAGACUAAGUCGAGAACGUAUUUAAAUAGACAUAUAAAGAAACACCAAUGAUGUUCGUAUUUGUCCUAAAAUUUAAAGACUGGAAAAUUUAAGUUCAAUGAUUUUUAUCAAUAAGUUUUU